AUGCCAGAUGGUGGCGGGAAGGGCUUCGUCAAGGAAGGCCGAGAGGACACCAUCUUCGUUGGUGGGCUGCGCAAGAGCACCACAGAGGACAAGGUGGCAGGUCACUUCGCCAAGUUCGGCCAGGUGACCAACGUUGAAAUCAAGAAGCAGCCCGAUGGAACUUCUCGUGGCUUUGCCUUCGUGACCUUUGCGGAGAAGGCAUCCGUUGCGAAGGUUCUGGAAGCCCACUCCAGCCACAUGAUUGACAACAAGUGGGUGGACGUGAAGCCCCAGGUAGCUGCCGUCCCAAAGAAUCCACGUGACAAUGCCCCUGCGAAGAAAGAGAAGGAGGAGGCCAAAGAUACCCAUGAAGACUAUGAGUCGGGUUUCGCCGAGAAGUAUCUGCAGGCAGCAGCUGCCAUGCAACAAGGAUCGGGCAACAGCGAAUCCUCCAGCAAAGAAGCCAAAGACGGAGAUUCCAACCAGAUGGGAAACAUGAUGAAGGCCUUGGAUGUGGCAAUGAUGAGUAUGAUGCCCAUGAUGAUGGGCAGCUUGGACCGACUCGCGCUUGAAGAUGUAUCGGAGGUGCCUUGGAAAGCGAAGUCGUCCCCGACUGAGGCUGUGGCAGCUGCGGAUGCAGUGGCGGCUGCGGGUGCGGCGGCUGCAGCGGCUGCGGAAACUGCGGCUGCGGCAGUUGCGGCGGCUGCGGUGCCUGUGGACCCUGUGGGGCCUGCGGCUGUGGUGCUGGCUGUGGGUGCCCAGGAUGUGGAGGUUGCAGCGGCUGUGGCUGCAUGGGCUGCGGUGGCAGCAGCUGCAGUGCGGGCAGCAGCAACGCGUGCAACAGCUGUACUGGGUGUGGAGGAUCCUGCGGCACGUCAGGUGGACCGAGUUGUGGCAGUGGAGCUCCCGGCUCCGCCAGCACCGGGGCCCCGGUUGCUUAGGUUGAGUUCCCAGUCCUACCCUCUUGUUUCUCGCGCCAUCAUUUUCAGGUCAUGGCGAGGCCUGCACGGGUGCUCGCAGCACUCUUCGUGGCAGGAACUGCCUUCUGCGUGCCGCAUGCGCCUCGCGCAGCUCCACGCAGAUCCCCGCUUGCUGAGAGACGAGGAUCCCCUGAUGCGCGACCCGAGAGUUGGGGCAGCAGCGCCUUCGUGGCAUCGACACUGGGACUCGUCGCUGUCGCAGCAGCUGUUGCGCGACGUGCUGGAGACGGGUCAAGACUGGGUGGAAGUUUGUGUGAAGUGUCUUCAGGCUCGUCCUGCGUGCUGUCUUGGCUUCCAGGCGGCCUCGAAUUCAGUAGGCUUGAACGAGAUGGUUGUGUGGCUGGAACUGCUGACGUCUCCGCCCGUUCUUCAGUGGCUGGGAGUCGGUUUAGGUGUACAGACCGCUCUGCUCCUCAACACCUGCAAAGGCCUACGCGACCAAGUUAAUACUAGAUUGCCACAGUGGGAGGCGGCCUGGAACAGGCAGGUGGCCUCCCGAAAGUUCCGGAGGAUUGAAUUCAUCGCUCGAGUUGCAGCCACGCAAGCCUGGUCACAGCGGGUGGACGAGAUCCAACAGAUCAAGGACUUGGCCAAUGACGUUCUGAGGAAGCUGCAGCGAGACACCUGCGGUACUCCCGGCCUGGUCCCGACCGCCAGCACCCAGUCAUACUUUUCCACGAUCGUGGAGGCAGCUCAGGUGGCCGCGUGCAACCCCGACGAGCAGGUACCAGAAGCCUGGCGGAUCCUCCGCACAGCUGUGGCUUUGCAGAAGUGCAGCAGGUCUGCUCGUGAUGAUCGGAUGCUGGAUGUUAUGGAGGACUUUGCCGGGUUUUCCUACAAAACGGCCUUCUUCUUUCCAGGCCAAGGGGCUCAAACCGUUGGCAUGUGCAAGGAGUUGACGGAUGAGGUUCCAAAGGCAAAGGAGAUGUUUGAGACCGCCAGCGACAUCAUAGGCUAUGACCUGCUUGACCGUUGCGUGAACGGCCCCAAGGAGGAACUCGACAAGACUGCCGUUUCUCAACCUGCGAUCUUCGUGGCAUCCAUGGCGGCGGUGGAAAAGCUUCGGCUGGAGGACCCUGCUGCUAUCGACGAAGCCACGGUUGCCAUGGGUCUGUCGCUGGGGGAGUACAGUGCUUUGAGUUUUGCUGGAGCACUGAGACUGACAAGCAUGAGACGCAAGAAGAAGCACUUGGUGGUUAGCCAUUGGCCAGCGCGGGCCAUGCUCAUGUGGUUUUUCUGUGGGCUGCUGCCUCUCACGGUGCUGCAGAUUGCUGCGGAGGCAAAUGUCCCCGUACCGCAGCCUGUGCCAGUGGCACAGCCGACGGAGACAGAAGGAGAAGAAGAAGAGGACCUGAGGCUUUCACCCACAAGCGAGAUGACAAAGCCAGAUCUGUGGUAUAUCUUCUUGCAAGCAGACGCCAACGAUGAUCAGAAGCUCUCCAAACCGGAGCUUUUCAACUUCGCGGCCCACUACAAGGAAGAAAUUGAGCGGGCCACCUAUUCGAAGGUGGAUCCCAACGCCGACCUGGACAAGGAUGGCGCUCUAAGCAAGGAAGAGCUGGAGAAGUACAUGUCCACGUGGGAAAUAGAAGAAUUUCCUCAAGAGCUGGAGAGAGUUCGAAAUUUGGAACGGGAGAAGUUCAAGCUUGCCGAUGCCGAUGGCGACGGAAAGCUACAGGGUGAGGAGUUGGUGGCCAUGUAUGGCCACGGCAUUGACGAGAAAGUCCUAGAAGCAGAGGCGAAGUCGGCCCUCUCCGUCAAAGAUAUGGACAAGGAUGGGAAGCUUUCGCUGAAGGAAUUCUGGCAUGACUACCUGCGGCCGGAUGACGACCAUGACCACGAUGAAGACCCUCGUGAUCGCAACGUCACCUUUGCCGCCCUGGAUAGUAACGAGGAUGGCUCUGUCGACCUACAAGAGCUCAUGAUCUGGGAGAGCGGGCUCUUCUUCCUCGAGGAAGCCAUUGAUGGUAUCCUGCACUUCGCCGACCGCGACGAAGAUGGAGAAGCCGGCUUUCAGGAGCUCGUGGAUGCAUGGCCCGAGAUUGAAGAAGUAGGUGUUCAGCUGCCGCUGCGCGGCAUUUUUGUCCGCGCACUUGGCGAGCACGAG